CUCAGUCCUCAGAAUAACAUGCGUCUUAAUGGUGGUUAUCUGUCUCUUGGAUACAAGGGUAGACUCCAAUGAAAUAUUGGGCCUGAAGCUCCCCAACAUCGACCCAAUCCUGAAUGCCAACACCGUGUGUCUCACACUACCUGGGUUGACACGGCGCCAGCUGGAGGUGUGCAUGCGGAACCCAGACGUGACGGCUUCAGCAAUCCAGGGAAUCCAGAUUGCCAUCCAUGAGUGCCAGCACCAGUUCAGAGGGCACCGCUGGAACUGCUCCAGCCUGGAGACUCGGAACAAAAUACCCUACGACAGCAUAGUCUUUAAAAGAGGUUUCAGAGAGAGUGCCUUUGCGUAUGCCAUCGCAGCAGCAGGCGUGGUGCACGCAGUGGCCAACGCCUGCUCCAUGGGCAAACUGAAAGCAUGCAGCUGUGACGAGAAGCGACGUGGGGACGAGGAGGCCUUUCGUAUCAAACUGCACCGUUUGCAACUGGAGGCCAUCCACCGGGGGAAGGGUAUGGUACACGGUGUCAUGGAGCACUUCCCUGCCGACUUGCCGGGACCCCAGGACUCCUGGGAGUGGGGCGGCUGCAGCCCUGAUGUGGAAUUUGGCGAGAAGUUCUCGAGGGACUUCUUGGAUGCACGUGAAACCUACAAGGACAUCCAUGCCCGUAUGAGGCUGCAUAAUAACAGAGUUGGGAGACAGGUGGUGCUCGACCACAUGAGAAGGAAAUGCAAGUGCCACGGGACGUCGGGGAGCUGCCAGCUGAAGACCUGCUGGCAGGUCACCCCAGAGUUCCGGGUGGUGGGCUCAAUCCUCAAAGAGCGCUUCCACAUCGCCACGCUUAUCAAGGCUCACAACCGAAACACCGGGCAACUCGACCACUCCAACCACAACAACAACAACCACCACCACAACCACCAUAACCAUCACAAUCACCACCACCACCAUCAUCAGAACAACCACCACAAUCACCACCACCAUACACAUCGGCGGCGGCCAAGCAUCAACGAACUGGUCUACUUUGAAAAGUCGCCAGAUUUCUGCGAGCGGGAUCUGGGGUCGGACUCAAUGGGCACCCAGGGCCGGAUCUGCAACAAGACCAGCCCCGGCAUGGACAACUGUGAGAGCCUGUGCUGCGGGAGAGGCCACAACAUCCUGCAGCAGACACGGAGCGAGCGCUGCAACUGCAAGUUUCACUGGUGCUGCUACGUGGUGUGCGAAGAGUGCAGGAUAACCGAGUGGGUCAGUGUCUGUAAAUGAAGAAACACACACUAAAAGACUGUACACAAUAAAGAAAACAAAGAAAAAGAGACUUUAAAAAAAAAAAAAAUCAAGACUAUUAAUUUGAAAGGGGAAUAUGACUGUAAUAUAUGUGCCCCAGACCUUUUUGCGGUGGACUGCUUUUUUUUCCAAAAGAGCGAGGACAGAGUGUUAAAGCAGUUGAGCCAGCUGAAAGAUAGAUGUGCAUGCUGAUAGUGUUUGCACAUGCGGGAUAUGUCUAAAGCUGCCACAACUCAAAGAGCUUGGAUUUUUACUGGCUUCCUUUUGAGACAAAGGGACAUAAUUAUAUCAGAUAAAUAUCUGAAAGCUCUGAAUAUGACAUCUGGGCUCAAACAAACAACAAAAUAUUGUUGUUUCAACAGCGUAUGUUGAUUGACAUACAGCUGCAUGAGAUUCAGGUAAGCAAAGAGGAAGUUGAGAGUAAGCAUUAGAUUGCAUGCAGAAAGAAAAUAAUAUUGCUUCAUAGCACCAGCAGUAUAUAAAGUGGAAAGGCUGAUUUAAAAAAAAAAAAAAAAAAAAAAAACAAGAUAAACCUUUUCCCACAUCAGGAUUCACAAUGCACAGGAUUUAAUACAGCACAACACACCUGGAGCACUUAAGGAUUUAGUACCUUGUUUAAGGGCAGUUCAGAAGUUUCAAUGUUUAUAGCAACUAUCAUGUUACACCCAGAAAACUCAGCAGGGGAUUGUCUGGCUCAGCUGACACUUUGUAGAUGCAUCUGUCAGUGUUACUAUGUUGUAUGCAUAAUGUGUAGCCCUGCUAACAGUGAUCACACCCCUCAAGAAAUACAUUCACACAAGUCCCAGGUCAGACUGGGCUAUUUAAAGUAGAAGGUUCCAUUAUAGGGGCAAACUCUUAUUGGAGGACUUUACAGCAAUGAUGAAUCAGAGUCGAUCAAAAGACAGAUCUGAAAGUCUGAUUGUUGGUAAGAUUCCUAAUAUUGCACCCUUGCAACUGAAACCAUUUCCUUCCCUCUAAUACAGGGUGUUGAAAUAAAAUCCAAACAAAUUAGCUUCCAAUAGAGUAAGGACACACACUGGCCCUAUACACAAUAAGGUUCAUUUUGUAGCUUAUUGAGCUUGUACAGGUUUUUUUUUUAAAGUUUAUUACAGCCUACCUAAAACAGAGCACAGAUACAUUGUCCUUAAUUAUCCAAGAUGUCCCAUGUGUUGUCUGUGUUGUGUGUUUUGUAAUGUAAGAGGGCUGCCAGAGGACAGUGCACAGUAGACAGUCAUUUAACAACUACAGCUUUUAUCUUUGGCAUGUUCUGACCAGCAUUGUACAUAAAACUGAAAAAUUCUGCACAAAUAAUAGCAUCAAUAAAUUGACAGUGCCUCAGGAAACUGAGCGCACAUGAACAGGCUUUGGUUCCUCACACUAUAAACAUCCCAAGCUGCCAUCAAUCAAAGUGUUUCCUGUUUUGUGAUGCAAUGUAUUGUGUGCAACACUGUAAGCUUCUUUUGAUAUAUCUACACUCACCUUCACACUUUUUCUAUGUGUGAAAAUAAGGAUAUUCUGAUGUCAACUUCAAAGUAUAUACUAAAUAAAGUUAAUAUGGAAGUCUGCCUUUGCACAUUUUGAAGGUCAUACUUGGUUUCAAGAAACGUGUAUGAGUGUGAGGCUCCUUAUCAGACAGUGUAAUUUAUUUCACGCAAAUAUGUGUCUGUGUUGAAAGCAGAAAAAAAAUGAAUCUGGAAUUGUUUCCAGUUGACUAGAUUAUUUUGAUUCUGAUAAGAAGUUUGCACAUACAGAACUGUGUCCAGGAAAACUCUGGGAGAAAUCCGCAAUAUGUAUUUUUUUUUAUUGUCAUAAAUGUUA